CCCAAGAUGGCGGCCCCGCCCGGACGUGUCCGCGCGGUGCUUCCCGCCCGCCAUGGCGGCGACGCGGCUGGAACUGAACCUGAUGCGGCUGCUGAGCCGGUGCGAGGCGCUGGCGGCGGAGCGGCGGGACCCGGCGGAGUGGCGGCUGGAGAAGUAUGUGGCCGCGCUGGAAGUCAUGCUGCAUGAGCUGAAGCAGCAGGCAGGCAAGCCUGCCCCAGAAUUGCUGAAUGAAUACUCACGCAAAGUGGAUUUCCUAAAGGGACUUCUAGAAGCUGAGAAAUUGUCUUCAUCAACUGAAAAGGCUCUGGCAAAUCAGUUCUUGGCCCCUGGACGUACCCCUACCACAACCAAAGAGAGAACCCCUGCUACUAAAACAGUUCAUCUGCAGACAAAGGCUCGCUGCACAGGCAAGAUGAGGAGCGAGCUGCUUGGUACGGACCCCCUGGCUAUCGACGAUUCUGAAGAGUUAAACAUCAGGAAACGGAAAGGCCUUGUGUCUGAUGAGAAGCAGUCAGCAGUCGAGCUGGAUGCCGUGUUACAGCACCACCAGGACAUGCAGGAGAAGUUAGCUGAAGAGAUGCUAAGUUUGGCUCGCAGUCUCAAAAACAACACUCUGGCUGCGCAGAACGUGAUAAAGCAAGAUAACCAGACGCUGUCGCACUCGCUCAGGAUGGCGGACCAGAACUUUGAGAAGCUCAAGGAUGAGUCGGACCGCCUUGAACAGCACGCGAAGAAAUCGGUCAAUUGGCUCCUGUGGAUAAUGUUAAUCGUAGUUUGUUUUAUAUUCAUCAGCAUGAUUCUCUUUAUCAGAAUCUUCCCCAAACUCAAAUGACAUUUCUUUUCCUCAAAGUGCCCCAAUGCUGUUGGAAAGCCCAGUUGGUAUGGCAGUCAUCAGCGAUCCGUUCCUCUCCACCCAUCCUGUCUGUACAAGGGCUGCUAGGUUCAGUGGAUGGUUUUGCGGGCAGGCUUUCUACACAUGGAUAUUUGGUUCCUUCUUUUAUAUUGUUUCCCACGAAGGAGAGAACUGGGAUAAAGUUGACAAUUUACACUGAGCUGCUAAGAAGUUCAUUAGUGGAGAGAUACAGUCCUGGGUUUAAUGCUGCUGUGGCACACGUUAUGAUCCCUAAAAGGCAUUUACUCAAUAUGAGUAUCAGUAGCAGUUGAAGUCUUAGAGUUUUUCCUGUCUCCACGGCUUUACGGUACUGAGGUGGGACCCUGCUGCCAACAGGAUAUUUAAUUACACCCUUAUUACGUACAUAGCUGUAGGGUGCAGGAGAGAAUGCUGCCACAGAGUUGCUCAGGUUCAGACUAUCGACAGGUAAAGCUUUUCUCGCGCUUACCUUUUCCCCCGAUGGGUAUUUGGGACUGGAUUUGGCAGUCUUCUGCUCUUUAGUCUUGGUAUAGAAGGGCUCGAGUUGCCUCCUGCUGCGAUGUUUGCCUCCCUUUCUGUACGUGCAAAUGUUCUCACUUGCUCAUUGUCUGUUCUGUUAGUGUUGUUGCAUCAACAAAACACGGUGACCCUGGCACUGUGGAGCUGUACGUGCAGUACCCUCCGUGUGGCACAGACCUCACCUGCACAAACACUUUUUCGCUGUAAGAUGAGGGCAAACGAAGCUGAAAAAAUAAUAAAAAAACCCCAGCCUUUCCCUUUUGAGACAAAUGAUUCCGGUUGGGCGUGUUUGUGUCAGACUCGUAUUCUGAGGAGGUCACUGUAAUAAAGCAGAGAUGGGAUAAACGAGAAUGAAUUUAAAGCACUACUACUGCUAGAACUAUUUGGAGCCUGCAGUUAAACCAGUUUUUUUUGUGACAGCAUAAGAGAUGUUUUUAAGUGUUUGGGAUAAGCUAAAAGCAAACCCUUCUGCAUCAUCCACGCUGUCGUUGCUGGAAUCUUGGUUGGAAGGUGCUGCCAUUGAGGUGUGGACAGUGUUUGACUGUUGCCAUCCCUGUGGUUCUCUGGACUCCCAAGGGGCUUUCGGAGCUCUGGGAUCUGCUCUGCAGCCCUGGGCAGGGCAAUGUGGGUCAGCACCAUUUGUCAUAAGGAUUGAGCACAUGGGAGAGUCCGAGUGCUGCUUUGAUCGUGUCCUGAAGAUGCGUUGCUCUUUCAGAGUUGUUCUUUGUUCGUUACAAAAACAGCUGUGUUAAAAACGUUCGCUGUCCUCAGUACACGAAGUAUUUCAGUUCGUUUUUCCGGCUGUUCGCAGUGCCGUGUGCCAUGCAGUCAUGGUUUAUCACGUGGGGGGUUGUGCUCGGGAGCACAGCUCUUUCUUCCAGCACACAUCCAUGUAAACACUCAUUCUGUUUGAGCAAACUUAUUCCUUCGCUUGAGCUUUAUAGACAUUUACAGUUGUAGCAAACCAUUUAUAGACACCUCUGUUUUUCCCGGUUGUUUUCCCUCAGCUGUGAUGUUUGACGUUUCACUGCGCUUCAUUAGCAAAUGCUGUGUCACCAAAUUAUUUUUUAAUUCUGAUUGUUUACUGCUCUCUCUGCAGGCGUUUCGGCGCCGAGCUCCGCUCUUAGAGCAGAGGUUGGAUGUAACACUGGGAUGGUCUUGUGCGUGAGAUGCUGGAAUGAUACAACAUUAAUGCUUCAUUGUCUCUAAUACUUUCCCCCUUUAUCACUUGAAAUAAAUCCUUUUUCUAGCUUGCAAAAGCCUUGAUGCCUCAUUGCAGACAAAUUUGAAGCUGAAUGUGGCCAUCAGCUAUGUGUUGGCCAUAAUUUUUUGG